AUGUCCUUCCUACAGAGUAUUCGCCGUACCUGCUCAAAAAGGACCUCCUGGGUAUGGGCUAGGAGCUACUCGGCUGCGAAUGUGACUCCUCCGUCAUCGGAAGGUUCGAAGAAUCCAGCAGCAUCCUCUACAACAUCACAGUCUGCACCUCUGUCAAUUUCUUCAUGCGCCCCCGAUACUGUGUUGAAAGGGGUCAACUACCUAAAGGGCCAAGCUCCAGUUGUGGCACGCCCCGACGAAGAAUACCCGCCUUGGUUAUGGAACGUUCUAAAGCCUAGGGUCUACGAAGACGAUGGUCCCGGAGGCCGUAAAGAGCGAAUGGAAAGGAGGAAAGCAAACCGACAAGCGAUCAAAGAUCGCAACUUUAUGCAGACACAGUAG